GAAUUUCCUCACAACAUGGCCCCCAAAUGCCAGUCUUCACUCCUGCCACCUCAAAUGAAGAAACCCAGACUGCCUCCUGCCCCCAAGCUGAAGGAGAUGUCGACCUCUCAGCACUUGCUUAGGGGAGAAGAAGAACACCAAGAAGCAAUUAAACAUAUUGAUGAAGUACAAAAUGAAAUAGACAGACUUAAUGAACAAGCCAGUGAGGAGAUUUUAAAAGUAGAACAGAAAUAUAACAAACUCCACCAACCAUUUUUUUCAGAAGAGGUCGAAUUGAUUGCCCAAAUCCCCAAUUUUUGGGUAACAACAUUUGUCAACCAUCCACAAGUGUCUACACUGCUUGGGGAGGAGGAUGAAGAGGUGCUGCAUUAUUUGACAAGAGUUGAAGUGACAGAAUUUGAAGAUAUUAAAUCAGGUUACAGAAUAGAUUUUUAUUUUGAUGAAAACCCUUACUUCGAAAAUAAAGUUCUCUCCAGAGAAUUUCAUCUGAGUGAGAGUGGUGAUCCAUCUUCAAAGUCCACCAAAAUCAAAUGGAAAUCUGGAAAAGAUUUGACGAAACGUUCAAGUCAAACACAGAGUAAAUUCAGCAAGAAGAGAUGGCAUGCGGAACCAGAGAGCUUCUUCACCCAGUUUACUGACCAUUCUGAUGCAGGUGCAGAUGAGUUAGGAGAAGUCAUCAAAGAUGAUAUUUGGCCAAAUCCAUUACAGUACUACUUGGUUCCCGAUAUGGAUGAUGAAGAAGGGGAAGGAGAAGAAGUUGAUGAUGAUGAUGAAGAAGAAGGAGGAUUGAAAGAUAUUGAUGAAGGAGUUGAGGAUGAAGGAGGACAAAAGAGAAGAUGA